GUAGAAACUUUUAGACAAUCUUGCCAUACUUUGUUUUAAAUUGUCUCUCAAGUCCUUGCGCAAUGUCGACGAGUCGGAGAAGAAAUACUGAGAUGUCGAAACAUCGAAUACAAAAAGUGGGUGAGAUCUUUGCUGCAGCUGGAGUAGCCUUCAACAAGCUAGGUGAGCUGACAAUGCAGCUGCAUCCUACAUCAGAUUCCCUAGCGGGUAAAUGGGCUGACGAGGAUAUUGAGAUGCUCCGUCAGUCGGUCAGAGUCUUCAGCGAAGAACUGAGCAGAAUAAGCGAGCACAUCAAGAGUCGGACGGUCUCUCAGAUACGAACGACCCUGAAGAAAAAGGCGUUUGAGGAGGCUGGGAUGACGGUCAGGCAGCAACAAAUUCUACCCCAGCAGGCGCAACAGUCCACCCUGGUUCAGCAACAACAGGUUGUUAAGCAGCAAUCGACGUCGGGGAACCAGAGCCUCAUGGGAAAAUCGGCGGAGGUCACGCUCAACAUGCUGAACGCGCCGGAAACGGAAGUGGACGUCGAGGGACUCCCUGAGGAGUGUCAAGUGAAACUCGAAUUCGAGGAAGGCGCCACUGAAGAAGUCACUGGUUGAAUUAGUUCGUUCGUUCAUAAGUUAAGUAAAAAAGAAGAAUGAACUAAAAAGCUGGUGAUAUCAUCCUCAUCUUUUUUUUUCGUCAUCUAAUUGUUCAUUGAACAUUCGAAUUUUAACUAGUUUUAAGCAUCAGUCUCGUGUACACUUAUAAGUUACUUUUUGUAAUAAAUGUAUGAAAACCUA